AUGUUCAUCAAGCUCAUAGCUUCUUUCAUCAUACUGCUGCCAGCUGUUCAUUCUGCUCCAGCUUCAGACAGUACCUCCGCUGCUAGUGUCAAUUAUAAAUCGCUUUCUUCCAUCAGUCAAACCAAAUUGCCGGACCUCGCUUGCAAGCUUCCUCAAAACUGCAAGGUCAGCAAUAUCACAUUGCCUCUGAGUGGUGUGGCCAGUCUGUCUCUUCCCGAAGGUCAAGUUGUAUCCAGUGUCGCUGUUGGACGAGGUAUCCAGAAUUACACCUGCACCUCUGGCGUUUACGUCUCGGUUGGAGCACUGGCAAAUCUUUUCGACGUAUCAUGUUUAUACACACUCUCGGCGGGAUUUGUUGAUCCUGCGGCGCUGAGUAAUCUACUACCCAAAAUGGCCUUUUCAGAUGUAUCUUUUCCCAAUGCUGGCAAGCUAUCAAUUGCUAUGCAUCAUCAAUUUGUUACAACUCCUGGGUCUGCUACCCCCGGUGCUAUAUCACCUCAAUUCUCGACAAGUUCAAACAAAGUCAUCCUCAGUAGGGUAGCUGGUACCAACGACCUGACCGAUCCUGCCAGUAACGUUCAAUGGCUCCAGCUCGCCGCUCUAGCUGGUCAAGGUACUUUAGCUAAAAGUGUAUACAGGCUGAAUACUAUGAAAGGUCAACCUCCUACAUCUUGCAACACCGAAGGCCAACACCUCAGUGUUCAGUAUGCAUCGAUGUAUUGGUUCACCAAGUAA